AUGGGAAAAGAGGGGAGGCUCCCCUCGAGUGAUGUAUGCCGCCAGCUCUCUGCUAUCCUCGUCCUUCUGCCACUCGUCUCCGGCAAGACACUCCUGCAUGUGUUAGAUACCAACAUCUCCGUCUCCGCUGUAUUCACCUUCGGGGACUCGACGGUGGACUCGGGCAACAACAACUAUAUACCGACGGCCACCAAGAGCAACUUUCCGCCUUACGGAAGGGACUUCCCCGGCCAUCAGCCAACAGGGAGGUUCUGCAACGGCCGAAUUGGGGCGGACUUCAUCGGUGAGCAAGAAAUUUUCUUGUACCUGGGAGUCGUUGUAUCGCAAUUCUUCUGGGCAUGGCCGGCUCAAGCUGGGUGUUGUCUUUGCAGCGGCUGAUCUCGGCGUAAAGGAUGAGGUGCCCCCAUAUCUGGACCGGUCUCUCAGCGUGGAGGAGCUCACGACAGGCGUCUGCUUCGGCUCUGCAGGAACAGGCUUCGAUCCUCUCACGGCAAAGAUGAGCGUACGCGUCUCUCUCUUUCUCGUUCCCCCUCUUUCUUGCUCCCUCCUUCCUCAUCGAGCAGCAACAUUCUUAGCAAGGGGAGUACGAAAGACAUACCUUUCGACGAAAAAUCUGAUAAAGAGGAACCAUCGCAGGCAGUUAUUCCGAUUACGCAACAGCUUGAGUACUUCAGAGAGUACCUCGUGAGGCUUGAUUUCGCGGUGGGGAGGGAAACAAGGGAGAAUAUUGUGAGGAGAGCCGUUUUCAUUAUUAGCGCCGGGAGCAACGAUUUCAUUCUGAACUACUUUGGGCUCACAAUCAGACGACACGAGUUCAGCGUUGAAGACUACGGGAGAUUUAUCCGGCGAAUCCAAUGGGAGUUCCUCAAGGUUCUGCUUCCGUUUAAUCCUACUCAGUUUUUCCUUUCUUUAUAGGAACAUAUUCUGAAAUAUAUUCCUGACGAAUUAUCUAAUUUGGGGGGGAUUUUUUAGAAAGUUUUUAAACAAUCCGAAUAAUUUCUUUGGCGUGUUUUCUUGAGUUUAUUUUGAGCUGAUAGGGACAGAUGAAACGUGAGAGACGGAGUGAGGAGUCAAAGACAGCCAGGAAACGAGCGAGAUAGAGGGGUGGGGAGAGAGAGAGAGAGAGAGAGCUGCAACUUCCAGCCACAAAUUCCGAGGAAGCGAAUUAGUGCUAUCAAUUUGGUUCGCGUUGUGCAGGAAUUAGAGAGUCUUGGGGCCCGCAGAAUCGCUCUGUUGGGUCUUCCUCCCUUAGGUUGUCUGCCGAUGGUGAUCUCCCUCAACUCAGAUGGACUCCAUACCCGGCGCUGCAUCCCCGAGAUCAACGCUGUGGCAAGGGAUUAUAAUGCCAACCUUCAACUGGAGCUGGCGAGUCGCCCCAUUUCUGCCGCCCCUGCCGCCAACAUUGUCUACGUAGACAUCUACAACCCGACGAUGCAAUUGCUGCGCCGCCCCUGGCAGUUUGGUGAGCACCGCCGGUUAUGAUUGAUCUACACCUGCUCUAAAACUCUGGCCUAAUCGACAUGCUUCCUCGUGACGAGAGAAUAGGGUUCGAGGAGACGACGAAGGGGUGCUGCGGGACGGGGCUGGUGGAACUUGGUGUGCUAUGCAACCCCAAGUCGGUGACUUGCCCGGACGCCUCCAAGUACCUCUUCUGGGACUCUGUUCACCCAUCGGAGAAGACCUACGCCCUCAUCGCUGUUGCUUUCCGCCCCGCCUUCUCCCGCCUCCUACAGGAAGAAUAA